AUGGUUUCUCAAUUAUCCUAUCAUCAUGGACCAUCUGUGGAUGUGCCCCGGGCAACUUUGGCCUCGAACUCGAGGUUUUCAAGGAUUCGCUGGCGUCGUUUGAGACAGAAGUUCUCACGGCAUCAACUGCAAACACCUGUACCAAUAAAUACGUCGACAACAACUGUGGAUAGCAGCGACACCAACCUUGAGUACGGCAUUCCCGCAGCGGCGUCCAGUGACCUCAGCCACCCGUUGGUCGAGUGGGGUCAUCAAGCCACGCCCUGGCUCUACAGGUUACUCAGCAAGCUUAAUACCCAGUCAGCCCCUCCAAACAAUGGCUAUUACAAGACCUAUGGAAACACCAGUCACAGGGUCUCUUCGAAGACAGUCGAAAAAUCUGGACACAAAGGGAAGAGUACGGUGAAAGACGCCCGGAAUUCUGGCUCCGGUGGUGGAGGCAAAGGUGGAAAAGGCAAGGGGGGCAACAACUCACAACCGCCACCAGAUGGCUACCGAUUUCCUUCUCUUGGCGACACUCGACCUCCAAAAACGUUUGGAUGCCCCUUUUACAUGACCGAUCCAUUGCAGUUCCAUAAGUGCAGCAGUCUUCGACUGCGUCGACCUAAUGAUGUCUCGCAGCACAUCAUGCGAAGCCAUCUAUUGCGGCGGAUAAAGCUGGUCAGACGUCGUGACGCUGAGUCUACCGACAACGCUGAAUCCGAGGAGAGGAUGCAGCAGGCUGGGACUUGCACCAACGCCAAUGACAUCAGACUCUACCAUACAACGUGUCGUAUUGAAUUCUGUGGUCCCAACGCGGAGGAAAACCUACAAAACCACUGCGAUAACAUUGUAUGUUAUAAAGUGGGUGUUGAGCAGACCGGUGUGCUGCUCCCUUCAGAGUUCAGAGAUCUCAUAGCUGCACGUGAUAGCGUUACUGGCAGUGUAGCCAAGUGGUAUGCAAUGUGGAGAGUAUGUUUCCCGCCUCUGGUUACGACAAGAUUUCGGACCGUUCCAGCCUCACCAUAUGUCGAAACAACUGUCCCUCGCGAGCAGGGAGAGUAUACAAUUCGCCAGGCUCUGAGAAAUAUGUUGAUGGGGGACCGAAGUCUCACCUUUGAUCAGGUCGUCAACCAAAUCUACCUUGGCGACGCCCAAACCGAUAUAGAGGUGCAACAAACAGUCCAAUAUCAGCAGCAAGAGCGGGAUUUGAAGCUGCAACAGGCAGACUACGAUGCCUUUUAUCAAUCAGCCUCGUCUCAGCAAGCCAUGGACUGGGCCUGGGAUAACCCUCCUCCCGACCAGCAUGGCGGGCCUCAUUAG